CGGCUACCUUCCACACGUGGAGUGAUCGUUAUGAGGUUAAAAAUUAACUGUUUUAUGCUCUCGGCGAAGUGCAUGGGUAGUUAAAUAUGGCAACAGGAUUUCCAUCCAGACACGUUCUUUUAACUGGACCGCCAGGUGUGGGUAAGACAACUUUAGUGCGAAAAGCCUGCCAGUUACUCAAAGAUGAGUCUUAUCCAAUCAAAGGCUUUUACACCGAAGAAGUGAGGAAAGAUGGGCAUAGGAUUGGAUUUGAUGUGGUCACAUUAGACAACCAGCGAGGAAAACUUGCAAGACUCAGUGAAAGCACUUACGGCUUGGCUGGAAGACGGGAGUGUAGAGUUGGCCAGUAUUCAGUGGAUGUGCCGUCAUUUGAGUGCACAGCUCUUCCUUCACUGCAGCUUCAGAAGGAAACUGAUAAGGUUGUGUGUGCAGUGGAUGAAAUAGGAAAGAUGGAAUUGUUCAGUUCAGAGUUUGUUCAUAUAGUUCGCCAUCUGUUUGAUAACCCUAAAUACGCCAUCAUAGCAACUCUUCCGAUACAGAGAGGAAGACCUAUUACCAUGGUCGAAGAAAUACGCAACAGGAAAGAUGUGACACUGUUCAAUGUUUCCAAACCAAACAGAGACAGCAUCCUGGAGGAUAUUGUGAAUGUUCUCAGAACAGCAUUUGAUCAACCUUAAAGGAAGUUUAGUUAAAGUAUUGCACUUGCCUUGUGUUCUUUCUUCUGGCAACAGUUCUAAUAUUAUACUAAUAUCAAGUCAUGUGUACUGUUAUCAAGGGAGAAAAGUGUCCAGUAAAAUUGUUAGGUUGUCUUAUGUACAUGUAAGAGCAAAGGCAAGUCUAAUCAUAUGCAUUUAAUAACCAAGGACGGCCAUUUCCAUACUUCUUGACAUGACCUGCCUCAGCAUAUUCCAGCAUAUGUUAGAAAUUCUGCACGUAACACAUUGCUGUACAUUGGAACUAUAUCUGGAUAUUAUUUCUCACAUUACUGUAAGACUUCGCAGCAAGAUUUAGUCAGUUGUCUCUCUCGACUGUGGUUGGAGUGAAGGGUGCUUCAGACAAUUUGGAGAGUUGGACAUUCCCAGCAUUCUAUUUUCCAGAAAAAGUUGCUUGAAUCAGUGAUGUUUUCUCUUGAUUGGCAUUAUGUCACUUCCAGAUAGUUUUAUUUCAUUUUGAAUAGAAUCCUCUAUAAAAAUGCUAGAAUAAACAUUGUUGUUUACUCCAGUCGGUAAGCAUAUAGCACUGUA